CUUCCCAUCCCCGUCAAGUCACCGCUGCAGCGGCGACACUGGCUGCACCGAGAGCCCUCGAGGUCGCGCAGCUGGAGCAGUGAACGCCACGUCUACUUCACGGAGAAAACUUGAGCUAUUCUGCUCUGACGAGCCGGGGUUACUUCACCAUGCUGGACCCUUCUUCCAGCGAGGACACGGGCGGAGAGUCGGACCAUGAAGUUGUGCGGGAAGCUCCACGAAAAGCAGCCACUUCGUCGGUGGGGAAGCGGGGAAGCGGCAGCCGGAAGAACCGAGCGGGAAGCCAGAAGCAGCAGCACAGACAGCCCGCUUCACCUGCAACAGCCACCGGGAGAAGUGCUAAAGACAGUAACGCUACCCGCGAAGACGAGGAAAGGACAGACCGCGAGAGGCUUCAGAAGGAGGAAGAGGAAAGGAAGAUUAAACUUCAAAUUUACGUGUUCGUCUUGCGAUGUAUCGCCUACCCCUUCAACGCCAAGCAGCCCACCGACAUGGCCCGGCGACAGCAGAAGGUGAACAAGCAGCAGCUUCAGGCAGUUAAGGAGAGAUUCCUGGCCUUCCUCAACGGAGAGACUCAGAUUGUGGCAGAUGAAGCUUUCUGUAACGCUGUUAGGAGUUAUUAUGAGGGUUUUCUGAAGAGCGAGCGUGUGUCGAGAAUGGUUCACAGUGGCGGCUGCUCUGCCAGUGACUUCCGUGAGGUCUUCAAGAAGAACAUCGAAAGAAGAGUCCGCAGCCUCCCGGAAAUCGACGGCUUGAGCAAAGAGACCGUGUUGAGCUCAUGGAUUGCAAAAUACGACGCCAUCUACAGGGGGGAUGAGGACAUGCGUAGGCAGCCGCAGCGAGCCCACCUGAGUGCUGUCUCUGAGCUCAUCCUCAGUAAGGAGCAGUUGUAUGAGAUGUUCCAGCAGAUCCUUGGCAUCCGAAAGUUUGAACACCAGCUGCUCUACAAUGCCUGCCAGCUGGACAACGUGGAUGAGCAGGCUGCACAGAUCCGCCGGGAGCUGGAUGGAAGACUUCAGCUGGCGGAAAAGAUCGCCCGGGAAAGGAAACAUCCCAAGUUCGUCUCCGCUGACAUGGAGGGGCUCUUUGUAGAGGAACUGCGAUCUUCUGUCAAUUUGUUGAUGGCCAAUCUAGAGAGUCUCCCGGUGUCAAAAGGAGGACCAGACUUUAAACAGAAGCUCAAACGCUCAUCCUUAAACAACUCCUUCCUGGACCUGGGAGACGAAGGCGACGUGCUGUCCAAGUCUGACGUGGUGCUGUCUUUCACGUUGGAGAUUGUUAUUGUGGAAGUUCAAGGGCUCAAAUCUGUAGCUCCAAACAGGAUAGUUUACUGCACAAUGGAGGUUGAGGGUGGAGAGAAACUGCAGACGGACCAGGCCGAAGCCUCCAGACCACAGUGGGGGACACAAGGAGACUUCACCACAACUCACCCACUGCCAUCGGUCAAGGUUAAGCUGUUCACAGAAAGCACUGGGGUUCUGGCACUGGAAGACAAGGAACUGGGCCGAGUGAUACUAAACCCAACCACCAACAGUCCAAAGCAGACAGAGUUCCACCGCAUGGUUGUUCCCAAAAACAGCCAAGACACAGAGCUAAAGAUCAAACUGGCCGUUCGUAUGGACAAACCGCCGAACAUGAAGCAUAGUGGGUAUUUGUAUGCGCUGGGACAAAGAGUGUGGAAACGCUGGAAAAGAAGAUACUUUGUACUGGUUCAGGUGAGUCAGUAUACCUUUGCGAUGUGCAGCUACAGAGAGAAAAAGGCAGAGCCUCAGGAGCUGAUGCAGUUGGAGGGCUACACAGUGGAUUACUGUGAUCCCCAACCAGGUCUCCAAGGCGGCCGAGUGUUUUUUAACGCCGUAAAGGAGGGCGAUCUGGUGAUGUUUGCCUGUGAUGACGACCAGGACAGGAUUCUUUGGAUCCAGGCCAUGUACCGGGCCACUGGACAAUCCUACAAGCCUGUUCCUCCUCUUCAGAGUAGAACGACCAACUGUCUUCAGGGAAACCAGAAACCUGCGUCACCUAUCAGUCUGGAUCCUUCUCAGCGUCACGGAGUAGAAGAGCUGAUCACUGCAGCUCCAUGCUGCUUUGAUCACGCCACUCUGUUCACCAUUUUACAGAAACACACCCUGCAACACAGGAUGAAUGACUCCUUCUCCUGUCUGGGAUGGUUUAGUCCAGGACAGGUGUUCGUCUUGGAUGAGUACUGUGCUCGGUAUGGCGUCAGGGGCUGCCACCGACACCUGAGCUACCUGAAGGAUCUGAUGGCGUAUUCAGAGAACAGUGCGUUGGUGGAUCCAACAUUGCUUCACUAUAGUUAUGCUUUCUGUGCUUCCCACGUCCACGGAAACAGGCCCGAUGGGAUGGGAACAGUCACCAUGGAGGAGAAGGAGCAGUUUGAAUCUAUCAGGAAUCAACUCAUGUCUUUGCUGGAGAACCAGAUCACUCACUUCAGGUACUGUUUUCCCUUCGGAAGACCAGAUGGGGCACUGAAGGCAACGCUCUCCCUGCAGGAGCGGGUUUUAAUGAAGGACAUUACCACUCCAGUUCCUGCUGAGGAGAUGAAGCAACUGGUGAAGAGGUGUCUGGAGAAAGCGGCGCGCAUAAAUUACACCCAGCUGAAGGAAUAUGCCGAAAUAAAGGUGGACCCACAGGCCACUCCUGAGAAAAGACUGGAGGACAUGAUGCGACUGGGUGAACUGUGCAUUGAAGUUCUGCAGCAGAAUGACGAGCAUCAUUCGGAGGCUUUCUCCUGGUGGCCAGAGUUGAUGGGCGAGCAUGCGGAGAUGUUUCUCUCUCUGUACAAAGCCGACAUGGACGCCGCCCUGCAGGUCCAGCCGGUCGAUUCCUGGAACAGUUUCCCUCUAUUUCAGCUCCUAAACAACUUUCUGCGAACUGACCCUCACUUGUGCAACGGGACAUUCCACAAGCACCUGCAGGACCUGUACAUCCCUCUGGUGGUGAGAUACAUUGAUCUGAUGGAGUCCUCCAUCGCCCAGUCCAUCCAUCGUGGAUUCGAACAAGAGACCUGGCAGUCUGUUAAGUCGUUGACCAACAAUCUAGCCAGCGUUCCUCUCCCCAAAGUCCCGAGCCUCCCUCUCUCGCUGCCGCAGAUGCCGAGCUUCUCGGCACCCGCUUGGAUGGGUCCACUGUGUGACAACACCCUGCAGGGAAUAAAUCUCCCGGACCUUUUUAAUGGCUCAGCUACGUCAGAGGAUUUGUUCUGGAAGCUGGAUGCCCUGCAGGUGUUUGUGAUGGACCUCCACUGGCCUGAACCUGAAUUUGCAAAACACUUGGAGCAAAGACUCAAACUGAUGGCCAGUGACAUGAUGGAGGCUUGUGUCAAAAGAACCAAAUCUGCAUUUGAUGCUAAAAUGCAGAAAGCCAGUAAAUCGACCGACUUCAGAGUGUCACUGUCAGUGUGCACCAUGUUCAACGUAUUGAUGGACGCCAAGAAGCAGUGCUCCAAGCUCUGUGUCCUUGAUACUGGCCAGGAGAGUGACAACCAGUGGCAACAGUACCACUCCAAAAUCGACGUUCUGAUUGAUGAGACCUUUAAAGAAAUGAUUUCUUCCCUUGUAUCCAAGUUGGCCUCAGUGUUGGACGGCGUUCUCUCCAAACUCUCCAGAUAUGAUGAAGGAACGUUUUUCUCUUCAAUUCUGUCAUUUACUGUCAAAGCAGCUGCCAAGUAUGUGGAAGUCCCUAAACCAGGGAUGGAUUUGGCAGACACCUACAUCACCUUCGUCCGACAGAAUCAGGACAUCCUCAGAGAUCGGGUCAAUGAUGAGCUCUACAUUGAGACUGUGUUUGAUCAAUGGUACACAAGCACCAUGAAGGCUGUGUGCAUCUGGCUGACCGACAGGCUGGACCUGCAGCUCCAUAUGUUUCAGCUGAAAACACUCAUCAAGAUUGUCAAGAAAACCUACCGAGACUUCCGGCUGCAAGGAGUCCUGGAUGGAACCCUGAACAACAAGAGCUAUGAGACCAUCUACAACCGGCUGACGGUGGAGGAGGCCACCGCGGCGGUGAAGGCAGGGGACGGCCUGCAGGGCAUCAGCAUGAGGGACAGCGAUGAGGAAGACGACUGAACACAAGCAUGUCAUGUCUCUCGCUUGCUCAGGGCAGGUCAAGAUCUUCUCUCUCUCAGUGACACGAGACCUGGAAACACUAGCUUCACCCAGUUUUCCAGCAUCACAACAAAGUAGUUCACCAAAGCCAGAAGUGGAAGCAGGCUGUUGUCCAUUUUACUCAUUGUACAUAUUGAAAAUGCACAAAGUUGAUGUCCGUUGUUCUUAUGUGUUGCUAUAUGAUAGAGUUGAGUAGAACAAAAACCUCCACGCUGCCUAUCACAUGCUGGUUUCUGUCCGACUGCCGGAACACGUCUUGUGCAUUUUCAAUAUGUAAAGUAAAGAAACAGACACUUUAUGUGCUGCGGUCUUACCACUGAGGACAAGAUAUGAAAUAACCACACAAAGACAGGUUGUUAAAUGAUAUAAAAGAGGAAGUAAACUACGCAAAAUACCUGUGUUAUGGAGCAGAAACUAGCCAACUAGUUGAUAGCGGUGUUGAUUCGAUAGAAACUAUGCUGAACGUUUUCAAAUGAAUGUUGCAAGAGAAGUAGAAGAAUGUUAAUCAUGAGGAGUCGCAGUGUGGUGUAGCAAAUUAGAACGCAUAUUUGAAGCCCCUUGUUAGUGAUGAAUAAUAUUCAUGUCCAUAAAGAGUGAUGUUAGCUAGCUUCCCAAGACGAUGUCAGGAAGUCAUGUGAGGCGUUGAAGAAAGAGGUUGGAUUCUAUUCAGCUUUGUUUCUAGUAGAUGAAGGUUCUGGUCUUUUGUCACGACUGAGGAUCCUGAUCUGUCGGACCUGAACUCCGGGAACAUGACCGUGACUGAAGUCUUGAAUGUACGGCCGUGAAUAUAUGAGCUGAUCGCUGCGGAGGACAGAGGUCCGUCCCUCCGUCGCCCGCCGGACAGGAAGUCACGCCUCCCGCCGUCUGCAGCCAUAACGAUUGAUUGAUGUCAAUUUGUUGUCUUCAAUUUCCUGCCGUUUUCACAGCUUCAUGUGCCAAACGUUCUGAUUUAUUCUCAGAGAGAGCGGUUCAGAUUGGAGCUGUGAGGUUUGAACAGUCAAUGGAAACUAUCACGGGGAGUUUCAGAGCCUUUCAGAGCGUUGAACUUUGAAUUUACAAAGAAGAAAAUGGCCGUCACUUUGGCAGUGACUGUAGACGAAGCAGGUAACAACAAAAUCUUCAACACACAGAAUCGACUUGCGCUGGAAAACUAUUCAGGGAAUGACAGUCGAAGUGCAACACACAUAUUGAACUUUUGUUGUUAGUACAGGAGGAAUGGAAUAAAGAAGCAAAGACAUUGUGAUGGAAUCAAAACAGGAUAUGUUUUUGUUGUCUUCUAAUUGCUGAACUGUUUUUUACAAUCCAUUUUAUUGAUAGAAAUUAUCUCCUAAAAAUGUUUUGAUAUUUUUUAUGUUCUUUUUUUGUUACUUUUUAUGUUAUUACUACAGUAUACAGGAAAUUUUACCCAAACAUCCUCACAAAAAUUAUUCAUUUUUGAAAUCUCAGUGUACGCCUCAGCAUAAAAAUUACAUUCUUAAAAUUCUUUUUUUUUUCUUCUGAGAGUUUCUCCAACCACUAGGUUCAGCGCUGUUAUUGAUUUCUUCAAGGUUUUUUUUUUUUUUUUUUAAAUCAUCCGUAUGUUGGAUGUGCGAACUCUUGCAGCUCCAGUCUGACUCUGAACUACUUCCAUCUGACCUCUCGCGGGACGUUUUGUUAAACAAGGUUAGUCGCUGGAGUCGUGCGCUUCACCGUGUGACGUCCUUUGUGGGGAGUCAUUGUUGAGCCACUGGACUGUUUAUUGGUAUAGUCGUAGAUCUGCCGUCACCUCUGUUCAUUGUGAUGUUAACUAUAUUGUGAAGAGCAUUAUGGAGCCGUGGUGUGAUUGUUCUGCCUGAUGUGCAUCAUAUCGAUCAAACGUCAUAGAAUUGUGCUCACAGACUGCCAGAUCUGGACUGUGUCGAGUCUUUUCUUUGUGUUAUGAAUCGUCGUUCAGAAUAAUAGUUGACAGUACAAGGUUAUUUUCGGGUUUUUUUCAUGUCCAGUUUGUGUCAGUGCAGUUUGAAUGCCAAAAAUACUAUAAUGAGAAAUAUAUUUAUAUCGACCUGUUUUGUUCAGGUGUUUGAUCCAAGUGUCACAAAUAAACAUGU